AUGGCAUCAUCAUCCAGUAUGAAAGAUACUUCUUCGGUUGAUUUACCCUAUCAUAUUGAUAUACUUUUAAGUAAAAAAAUUUACAAUCCUGGUGACACAAUUCAUGGUGAAGUGAUCUUUACACUUGAAAGAAAUCUAUCUUGUGAUCUAAUUAAUGUGCAGCUUUUCGGUUUAAUUCGAGUUUUUUGGAUAGAUAAAAAGAUAGGCAAUGGUUGUUUCCGUCCUCUGCCUCGUGAACAAAAAAGAGUUCUGAUAGACGAAACCGUAAUAUUAUGGUCCGAAGAAAAAACAAAUUGCAAAAGACCAAUCCAGCCAACUCUUAAUGAUAUUUUACGACUGUCAACAACAAUCGCAAUAAGAACAAAAAAAUACGAACGGAAUGGAUUUCGCGGAAUCGAAACUGGAAGUCAUAAAUUUGACUUUACAUUCCAAUUACCAAAAGAAGGCCUUUACACAUCCUUUGAUCUUGGGAAUUGUGAUGGACGUGUGCGAUAUUGCAUCAAUGUGCAAUGUUUUUCUUAUGGUUUGCUAGUUCUUAAGCAAACAUUGGUGUUUCCAGUCGUAUGUCCAGUUGAUCCGUCCCAAUGUAUGGAUGCACUCCAAAAUAGUUCUAAUAGAAAAAGAAUGGAAUUCAAGAAAGGUCGUUACCUUGAUGUUGAACUGUCAGUCUCAAAACGUUGGUUGGUUCCUGGCGAGGCAAUACCUGUUCAAGUAUAUAUUGAUAACAGAUCUGGCAAAUCUAUAAAAUUUUCUCAUUUAUCGAUACAACAACAUGUUUUCUGCAUAGCGACACAUCCGUUGAAAUGUGCUAAAGAAUGGUUCCAGGAUACGCUUGGUGUUGGCAUGGAUGCACAUAAAAUACCGAAUGGAUCAAAGCAUAAAUAUACUCCAAAUUUCAAUGUACCAGCUUUGGUACCCGGCUUCGAGAUCAGUGGAUGUAUGACCCUCGAGUAUGACCUCAAACUGGACGUUGGCUUUGAUAGGAUUACAAUGAGCAGUGACAUGAAACAUAUCAUCUGUACCUUGACAAUACCAAUUUUCAUCGGGACAAAUUCCAUAACAGACACAAAUAUUUUACAGAAAUCUAAAUUUCGAAAAGAGGGUACGAUUGCUCAUAUGAGAUAA